GUCUUGAUGGGUUCAUUCACAUGUUCGGCGCUAUACGGAGCUUGCAUUCUCAAAUAUUCUGAUUAAUUAUGGAUCUCCCCUGAAACUCUUGUAAGAUAAUUGAAUUAUGAAUCGCAUAGUAAAUUGAAUAGCCUAUACGAAAAUAGCCUACUAUCAAGGCUUGGAUAAAGCGCACGAGUGCUGCCGUGGUUAAGAACGCUCCAUUGAUCUUUACCUAUCCGCUACUGGUAAUAAAGAGCGGCGUGUACAGACGGAGUGACGCGGUCAAUAAUUGACCGGCUGAUCGGCAGAUUGAAAGGAGGUCCUGGAGGGAGACGGCACCUGUAAGCAGCGCACCGCCGGCAGUGCGCCUGUCCCAUUUUGAAAAAAGUUGGCAGUGCAAUGGUUACGCGGAGUGCCAUUCGUGAUUGUGUUCUCAAGGGCAAACGAAACGAGGAAACCGAUGGCAACAACAAAUGAAGACUCCUACUUUGCCAACCUCUCCCUCUCGUUACACCUCGUGGCUUUUGCGCGACGUCAGCGAGGCCAGAUGAUCACCAGCCUGGUUACAUUGGGAGGAUAAAACUGCGAAGAUGCGCAUCGUGUGGAUACGACAUCUUUUCACACGCGUCGGGUGCACGGUGACCGAGCCGAGGCAUGGGCUGUGCGCCGCCGUCUCCGUCAUUCAUACUGCUGCACCGUUUGUGAGCUACCGUCCAAAGAGUGGAGCGGUUCUUUACAGCGAGGAUUUAGGAUAACGCCACGAUUGAAUUGGACUCUACUUGGGAGAUGUGACCGCCCCACCGGAAUCCUGAUUCUGACCAAUAGACUCGCGUGGUCGGUUUGUUAUUCCUGCCCGGCGUUUGAAUUAUAUCAGCCGGAUAGGAAGGAAGACUUAAAGUUCACUUAAGUAUUGAUGGAUUAUGGAUUUAUCAUGGAUGCAUCCCAUUGCCAGAUCUCACAUAGUUUAUCCAUAAGGUAAGCCAUAAUAGUAGGGAUAAACAUUGGUCUUUUUAGAAAUCAAUCAAGCAAUAGGCUGUAAUUACAAUGGAAAGGCUACUUUAGGCUAGACAUAGGGGCAUAGCCCAAAUAGACCCACAUCUAUAACGCUGUUAUAGAUGUAUUCCGUGACACUGACAGCAGGAAAGCCUUUAUGGAGCUGGAAUAAAGAUCCUAUGUGUUGUCUGCUGUGAUAAACUUUGUAACGCUGAGGAUGCCGACGCGGGCGUCCCGUCAAUGAGAGGAAGGCGGGGGGAUACAGCGUGGAUCGUCUGCGUACUCUACCGGUCCCUGAAGACCCGGAGCCCGGCGUGAAUCACCUUCUGGAUUGCCCCCCACCCCCAUUUCUGCCUGCCUUCGGGACCACAACACAAUGAGGAUUAUGCUUCAAGUUAUUCUAGGAAUGUUUCAAUUCCUGCUCCUCACCAGACUCCCCGUGUCCCAAGCCAAGCUCGCACACUGGCGGCCUGCUGACUCCCCCAGGUCCCGAGAGGCUCGAGAAGUCCGCCGCUGGAUGGAGGUGUACUCCCGCAGCGGGUGCGAGCCGCGGGACACCCUGGUGGAGGUGUGGCGGGAGUUGCCGGGGGAAACGCACCACCUCUUCGUUCCCGCCUGCGUGUCGGUGCGGCGGUGCGGCGGCUGCUGCUCUGACGAGGGGAUGGCGUGCGUGCCGUCGCUCACGCACACGCUCACCAUGGAGUUGAUGAGGACCUCCUUCAUGAAGCACGACCUCGUGGAACUGCCCUUCGUUGAGCACAGCCAGUGUGAGUGCAGACCCAAAGAAGAUGCCCGGCUUCCAACUCAUACUACGAGGCCUCUUCUCAAGCCGGCAAGGAAAGGCCGGAAGAAGGAGAGAGGCAAAUCCAAACGGAGACCAGUGGAAAACCCCAUCAGAACGACCGUCGUGGUUCCCAGCCCUGCUCCGCCCUCCCUGCCUCCCCCCCUGACGCCCUCACCCUCCCUCCCUCCUCCCCCGACCCAGCCCCCCUCCCCUCCUCCCCCCCCGACCCCGGCGCCGUCCCGCCCGGCCUGCCGCCCCUGCGCCGGCAGGAAGUGGGCGCUGGACGGGGAGACGUGCCGCUGCCGCUGCACGCUGGCGGAGGACAACUGCGCUCUGAAGCAGCGGAGGCUCAACCCUCAGCGCUGCAGGUGCGAGGCCCUGCGAGCGUGAGCGUUUGACGUGGGGCUUUCUCCCGGUCUCCUCUUCCUCGCCUGCUCUUCCUCGAUUCCUCACUUCUUCCCUGCGUCCGGGCCUCCGAGGGCGGCACGGACAGACCCCCCCCCCCCCCCCCCCCCCCCAGGCCGAGCCCAAAAUGGACUCCUCCAAGGCCUUCUCUCGCCUCACUGGUUCAGAGGAGCUGGGAGAGGGAGCAGGCCCAGAUAAAGUAUUCAUGUAAAUACACGUAGCCUCUCUGCCACUGUGUGUGACGACAGCGUGCAUAGAUCUACAUGCCUAAGACUUAUUAUCCCCCCCAACCCCCCGUUAAGUGGGGGGAUCCAACUGCCGCUGUCCCCCGUGCCAAAGUCUAGUGGAACUUUCCAUGGAACUUUCUAGCAACUGUGGCCGAGACUAUGGUGGUGCAGUUAAGUAGAUAAAUAGAAACAAAUCACUACUUCAUUCCAAACCAAUGUGGUGAAGCCAUUAACUAAUGUGCUGGGUGGUGUAGGGGACCUGUCAGAGGACAUUGUUACCGUUGGAUGUUAAGCAGACCACCUCACAAACGGACUACAUUAUACAGCCGUUGUCAGGCGCUGGCAUCGCCUCCCAUUCACCCACACCUCGGACACAAGGUGACAGCUCGCAGUGAGGUGCCUGGCCCAAGGACAUCUGCUGGACACCUUAACUAUGAAGGGCAAGGAUCCAGAACCCCUCUGAGCAUGCAUACACACACACGCGCACACGCACACACACGCACACACACACACGCACACACACACGCACACAUACACACACACACAUACACACACACACACACACACACACACACACACACACACACACACACACACACACACACACACACACACACACAAACAAGCCCACACAAAUUUGCAUGAACCCACUGCCACACACACACACACACACACACACACACACACACACACACACACACACACACACACACACACACACACACACACACACACACACACACACACACACACAGAGACAGACACAAGCACACACACUCACACACAAAUGUAUGCACACACACACUCACACACACACACACACACACACACACACACACACACACACACACACACAUACACACAGGAAGAUGAAGUCACUUUGACUUCUAUGUGAAAAAGACCCGCAAUUCAAUGCACGCACCCUCACACACACACAUACGCACGCAUGUGCAGGGUUUGGGUCUGACUGGCGUGGCAGCUGGUGCCGAGCCGGAGCUGAGCUGCAUGCCAGAGUGUGUGUGUGUCUGUGUGGUCCUGGAUCAGGAGCGGACUCCCCAGAGCUCCAGUCCUCCUCUCCUCUCCGCUCGCCCUCGUCCCCUUAAGGACGCGGCUUUGUCCCUCCUUCCUCCCGCUCCUCCCCAGCUCUCCCGCUGAAAGAGACCGUUUGCCUCCCCGCGCCAGUGAGGAGAAUGACAAUAAUGAGGUCUGGCGUCUGUCCACCGCGCCACAUAAACAGGAGCUGGACGCACACUACAGACACACACACACACACACACACACACACACACACACAAGACAGUACGCACUACGCAACGCCACACUUUCAACACACACACACACACACACACACACACACACACACACACACACACACACACACACACAAGACAGUACGCACUACGCAACGCCACACUUUCAACACACACACACACACACACACACACACACACACACACACACACACACACACACACACACACACACACACACACACACAAUCACAACCGUACCAUUUUUCUCUCUGUCCCUCUCUCUUUCUCUGUCUCAUUCUCUUCUGAUCUAGUUCUUUGCUGUUAUAGCUGACACACAUGCAAAUGUACUGUUUAGUACACACAUGCAAGCUCCCCCCCUCUCUCUCUCUCUCUCUCUCUCUCUCUCUCUCUCUCUCUCUCUCUCUCUCUCUCUCUCUCUCUCUCUCUCUCUCUCU